AGAGCCGAAAAUGUGUACCGAGAGACCAACAAAAAGAAAGAAAAUGGUGUUAGAAUCGCUAUAUUCAAUUGUGGCAGUUGUGGCUGCAACAUAUGCAGUUCUAUUUGGUUUCUUAAAGAAAAUCAAUGAAUGGUAUUAUGUUACUAGGUUGGGGAAGAAACAAAACACCUUGCCUCCUGGUGAUAUGGGAUGGCCUUUCAUAGGAAACUUGUGGUCAUUCUUCAAAGCUUUCAAUUCCCAGGACCCUGAUACCUUCGUAGAAAACUUGAUUAAAAGGUAUGGGAAAACAGGCAUUUACAGAACCCAUUUGUUUGGAGGUCCAGGCAUCAUAGUUUGCAGUCCGGAGCUAUGCAGGAAGGCUUUGGCUGAUGAACACGUUUUGUUUGGCUACCCAUCAUCGGCGAAACAAAUAGCAGGGAAGAAAUCGUUGUAUGGAAUUUCGACUUCAGAGCACAGGCGUUUGCGUAAGAUAGCAACCAAUCCCAUCCAUGGUGACGAAGCACUAACUUCGCACAUCGAGGAUAUUGAACGCAUUGUGACCACUUCAUUAGAAGAGCUUGCUACCAUGAACCGACCAGUCAAUUUCUUCUACGAGAUGAAGAAGAUUACUUUCAAGGUUAUUGCAAAAAUUGUCUUGGGUUCCACUCAAGAUUCGGUUAUUUCGACAAUGGUGAAAUGUUACUCAGACUUGUUCCCAGGCAUUAUUUCCGUACCCAUUAAUUUCCCUGGUUUUGUAUUCUAUCGAGCACUCAAGGCCAGGAAAACGCUGCUAAAGAUAUUUAAAGAGAAAGUAAAAGAAAGAAGAGCAAAAACUAUGGAAACAGACAGGAAGAAAGAAAUGAUAGAUUUUCUUAUGGAAGCUGAAUACGACAAUGGUGAAAAAUUGGACGAUGAACAUCUCUUUGAUUUAUUGCUGAUAUUCUUGUUUGCGGGGCAUGAAACCGCAGCACACACUGCAAUGUGGGCGACCAUCUACCUCCAUCACCAUCCAGAAAUGCUGCAAAAAGCCAAGGAAGAACAAGAGGCGGUCUUAAAGAGAAGGCCAUCUUCCCAAAAAGGCCUGACCCUUGCUGAAAUCAAGCAAAUGGAAUAUCUACCAAAGGUGAUUGAUGAGUCAAUGCGAAGAGCCAAUUUUGCUUUCACACUUUUUCGAAGGGUGGAAACUGAUGUUAACCUUAACGGUUAUACCAUACCAAAAGGAUGGAAUGUUUUAGUUUGGAGUAGAGCUGUUCAUAUGGAUCAAGAUAUUUAUCCAAACCCAAAAGAGUUCCUUCCUUCAAGAUGGGAGAACCCUGGAUUGAAAGGAAAGAAUUUUAUUCCAUUUGGAGGAGGAAGUAGAAUCUGCCCUGGAUCUGAUCUGGGCAAACUUGAGGUCUCCAUUUUCCUGCACCAUUUUCUCCUCAAUUAUAAGCUUGAAGAGCUGAAUCCAAAGGCUCCAACCAUUACCUUACCUUUGACACGCCCAGCAGACAACUGUCAAGCAAGAAUCAUUAAGCUUCCAUGAUCAUCUCAACUGGGAUCAUAUCACCACUUUCCCUGCUUCACCUUAGUUCUACCUAGAAACACACGGUUGUGUUGUGUUAAAAGAUGCUGUCUUAGUGAAGAAAAUUAAUAAAAGAGAAAAAAUGGAAUAUAUGUAAUAUAUGAGAGGCUUUCAGUUAAGGUCUAAUGUUGGUUCUUAGCCUUGGUUUAGUCGUUCCCUUUGAAAGCAGUCCGUAGGUUUUUCUAUAUAUUAAGAAGAGAUAUAUAUUCUGUGGAUUUAGAGCAGUGAAUGAUGGAUGAUGAUGUUAUGUCAAACAAUCAAUUGUAUCAUCAUACAGGAUCCGGCCGAAGAUUUGUUUUCUUGAUUUUAUUUAAUGAAACAAACUACUAAUGAAGUCAAUUAA